AUGGACCUCGCGCAGGAGGCAUUCGACAUAUUCGCAAAGCACUGUGAGCAUGUCGACGCGCCGUUGGCGAGUGUGGACAUUCCGCAAGGAUACGCGUCGAGGACGGACGACGGAUCGCCCGGGUCCCCUGGCGCGAACCCCGACACCGACGGCACAGCGUCGUCCCCCUCCUCCUCUGGCCCCCUCUCCACCGGUACAAUGGUCGGAAUUGCGACCGGCUCUGUCGUUGCCGCCGCGGGAAUCGUCGGCGCCAUCUUCAAAUGUCUCUCGUACAGGCAUAAGAAAAAGCAAAACACGUCCAGCAACGGCGGCGGCGGGCAAAACCCAGCAACCACAAACAACCAACUGGUCCAAUGGCAGCCCGCAUGGCAGGGCAUGCCACCGGGCGCACUCACAGGCGACGCCGACGCCCGCGCCACGUACAAGAGGAAGGAAUUCGCCUUCGCAGGCGUGCGGCGCGUGAAGGAGACGUUCGAGGUCACCAGACAGCCCACACCCCCUGCUGGGGCGGUUCUGGGCAGAGCGAGAGGGAGAGGGAGGAUCCUGGGUGAGGUGUGA